CCCGCUGGCCGGCAGGUGCCUUGCUCCGCAGGUGGGCGGCAGCGGCGCUAUGCAGGCGGCACUGUGGUGGCAGAGGUCGCGGCCAGCGCCUUGGGGCCUGUCGCGACUCUAGCAACUGUCAGGCUGCCUUCGGUAUUUGGUGGCGGGGCCUCUUUGGGCCUCGCGACUGCAGUCACGGCAUAGGAGCGGAGGACCCCCGACUCAGCCCCUAGCCCCCUGCUUCCAGCCAUGUCCACAGUGGAGGCCGCGGCACCCGCCGAGGCCCAGGAACCCGGCGGCAGAAAUAAGUCCAGCACUUCUCGACAAAUCGCGGUCAUAGGAGCAGUGACCGAGGACGAGGAGAAGCAGGGUGUUUUCAAACCUAUGGAUCUUAAUCGUAUCAUCAAACUCCUUGAAGAGAAUGAUAAAGAUGAUUUAGAAGAAAAACAACUUAACUCUGUCAAGAAACUGGUGCAGUGUUAUCAGAAUGGACUUCCCUUAAGGGAUUUAGCGCAGAUAUUUAAAAUUCUGAAUUUGUGUGCUGGAAAAAUUGAAAAUCAGCCCCAAUUUAUAGAACCUGCAUAUGACAUACUAAAAUUAUGUGGCUUGCCAUUUUUGAAAAAGAAAGUAUCGGAUGAAAUAACUUAUGCGGAAGAUACUGCAAAUUCAAUUGCUCUUCUGGGUGACUUAAUGAAAAUACCAAGUUCUGAAUUGAGGAUACAAAUUUGUAAGUGUAUUGUUGACUUUUAUCAUGCAGAACCAAAGAAGCAUAUUCCAGGUUACCAGCAAGCUAGUUCCUCAUACAAGAUUAAAAUGACUGAAGUCGGAGGAUUGGCAAAAACAAUGGUUCAGUCAAUGACCUUGCUUGAAAACCAACUUGUUGAGAAACUUUGGGUCCUUAAAGUUCUGCAGCAUCUCUCAACUUCUGAAGUUAAUUGUACUUUAAUGAUGAAAGCACAAGCAGCCAGUGGAAUCUGCAUUCACCUCAAUGACCCAGAUCCCUCUGGACAGCUUCUAUUUCGUUCUUCAGAAAUACUUUGGAACUUACUGGAAAAGUCUUCAAAAGAAGAAAUCAUACAACAGCUUAGUAACUUGGAAUGUUUGCUGGCUUUGAAAGAAGUAUUUAAAAAUCUGUUUACGAGAGGUUUUAGUCAUUAUGAUCGGCAGCUUAGAAAUGAUAUAUUAGUGAUCACUACAAUUAUAGCUCAAAACCCUGGAGCACCAAUGAUUGAAUGUGGCUUUACCAGGGAUUUGAUACUAUUUGCAACCUUUAAUGAAGUUAAAAGUCAAAAUCCUUUGGUAAAGGGCCUUAAACUUUCUAAUUCCUGUGAAGAUUUUGAGUUGAAGAAAUUGCUAUUCAACAUAAUUGUGAUCUUAUGUAAAGAUUUACCUACUGUACAGCUAUUAAUUGAUGGCAAAGUUGUUUGGGCUUUGUUUACCUAUGUUAAAAGACCUGAGAAACACAAAAUAAUCGAAUGGUCUGCAGCACAGCAUGAAGAAUUACAACUGCAUGCAAUUGCCACUCUGUCAUCAGUGGCUCCUUUAUUAAUAGAAGAAUACAUGUCCUGCCAGGGAAAUGCUAGAGUACUGGCAUUUCUAGAAUGGUGUGACAGCGAAGAUCCCUUCAUUAGUCACGGUAACAGUUUUCAUGGUACAGGUGGCCGUGGCAACAAGUUUGCCCAGAUGCGUUACAGUUUAAGACUCCUGAGAGCCAUGGUCUACCUUGAAGAUGAGACUAUAAAUACGGAUCUUUGCGACAAGGGAACAAUUCAGCAACUAAUAGGAAUCUUUAAAAAUAGUAUAAGUAAGACUAAUGAAAAGGAAGAGGCCAUUAUUUUAGAAAUUCAGUCUGAUUUAUUACUUAUCUUAUCUGGACUUUGUGAACACCAUAUUCAAAGGAAGGAAAUUUUUGGAACUGAAGGAGUAGAUAUCAUUCUUCAUGUAAUGAAAACAGACCCCAAGAAGAUACAGAGUGGCUUAGGUUAUAAUGUACUUCUUUUUAGUACAUUGGACAGCAUUUGGUGCUGCAUUUUGGGAUGUUAUUCUUCAGAAGAUUACUUUCUUGAAAAGGAAGGUAUUUUUCUCCUUUUGGAUGUAUUGGCAUUAAACCAAAAAAAAUUCUGUAACCUAAUACUUGGAAUAAUGGUUGAAUUUUGUGAUAAUCCCAAAACUGCUGCUCAUGUCAAUGCCUGGCGAGGGAAGAAGGAUCAGACAGCUGCUAGUCUUUUAAUUAAAUUGUGGAGAAAGGAAGAAAAAGAACUAGGAGUAAAACGUGAUAAAAAUGGGAAGAUCAUUGAUACAAAGAAACCUCUAUUUACUAGUUUUCAAGAAGAGCAAAAAAUCAUGCCACUGCCUGCCAACUGCCCAUCGAUUGCAGUUAUGGAUAUUGCAGAGAAUAUCAGAGCAAAAAUUUAUGCUGUAUUGGGCAAACUAGAUUUCGAAAACUUACCUGGUCUAUCUGCUGAAGAUUUUGUCACUCUCUGUAUCAUACAUAGGUACCUUGAUUUCAAAAUUGGAGAAAUAUGGAAUGAAAUAUAUGAAGAAAUAAAAUUAGAAAAGUUAAGACCCGUCACUGCAGAUAAAAAAGUUUUGGAAGGUAUUACAACAGCAUCAGAAAGUAUUGGAAAGAUGGUAGUUUCUCUGCAAAAUGAGAUGAUUGAAAGCCAAGCACGCCAAGAUGCACAAAGUGAACAGAAAGUAUAUGCAAAAAUACAAGCUACACACAAGCAAAGAGAACUAGCUAAUAAAUCAUGGGAAAAUUUCUUAGCUAGAACAUCAAAUGCUAAAACACUAAAGAAAGCAAAAAGGCUUCAGGAAAAGGCUAUAGAAUCCUCUAAAUUCAAAGGGCAACCACAAAAUGCAAUAUUUCAUCGGACAGUUAUUAAAGGCCUUAACACAACGGUGCCCUCUGGUGGGGUAGUAACAGUGGAAAGCACUCCUGCCCGAUUACUGGGAGGACCUCUGGCUGAUACAGAUAUUGCUCUUAAAAAGCUGCCUAUUCGUGGAGGAGCCUUGCAGAGGAUAAAAGCAGUUAAAACUGGCUAAGGAUUAAACCCAGUGCCUCACAUGUGCUAGGAAAGCACUCUGCACUCUGAGCUACAGCCUCAGCCCUGUAAAUACUCUUACAGCCACGGUUGGUCAAGCUACCAACAUGAUGUGGUUGAAUGCAAAGUUAGGAAGAGAGGCAUACAUUCCACUUUCAUGAUCAGAUAACAGCAGACCCUGUCACUGCAUUGGGCCUACCUUCUCCUACCUCCUUUUUCUUCCUCCUCUUCCUUCUCUUGUCCUCUUCUACCUCACAUUUCUUAGGAAUUUUCCAUUAUCCUACAUGUGAGAUUAGUAGCUCUGGUAAGAAUGAGUUGCCAGUUCACCUUUGGCUGGUGGCUUCUCACCCUGCCCUAGCUGUCCAAUUCCCUUUGGCCCACAGGAGUAAAUAAUAUAUAUGGCUUAUCAGUGAGUUUUGUUCUCUCUUGAAUCUUUUUUUCUUUUUUAUUACCAUCACCCCUGAAAAGAGAUAAGAAGACACAAUUUGUUCCUUUCCUUCACAUAAAUUCUGCAGCAAAACGAUUCCAUGUAAAGGAGAGUUACUGAGAAGGAAGAAUGGAUGUGAAUAGGGACAUGCAUGGUGAGAAGCCCACACAAAAAGCAGCAGGCACACCUCAGGCAUACCUCAGAAAUACCUAGAAUCAACAUGAAGUGCCCAUGACUGAGAACAAUUAAUCUUUCCCUCAUGUUGUAGACUAUACGCUCCUUCCCCCAGACUCUCUUAAGUUCCCCAAUGACAAGAUAAGAGAUCAUAUUUCCUUCAUUAUUGUCAUCAAAAUCUCAGUAAUUACUGGAUAAAUGUAAUGGUGGCCCCUUACCUGGAACUCUGCAAAGGUAGCAAAGUUUUGGAUUCAAUAGGAAGAUUCACCAGUCAACAGAAUACUAUAUAAAUAAUGUUAAACACAGACUAAAGGUGAAAGAAGUUCAGAUUUAUUUACUUCAUAAUAGUGAUAGAUUUUCUCCAAAAUGAUGAAGCAUAAAUACUGUGACAUGAAUAGAAUCAAGGUGUAGAAAUAAAAUUGAUAUGACUUUGUUGCAUAUCACUUUUUGUAUGUAGUUCACCUGAUACCUCCAGAUUGAUUAGAACUAUCAUCAAGAUAAUCUAUGAUGUCUGUGGACCUCUCCACUACUGUGUAGAUUUUACCCUUUAGGUAUGGAGGAGGUUAAACAGGACAUCUAAUUACCUAGUAGCCAAACUACUAAAGAAAUGUAGGUUGAUGGAGAGCAGUAAUAUUGCUUAGUAUAGAUAUUUGUGCUUGGUAAGCUUUCAGACUGAAGCUUUUACUAAUCAACUAAAUUAAAAGAAAGUCAAGAAUAAAAAUGAUGGAAUUCAGUGAGCUCAGAUUAAAGGGCUUCAAAAAACUCAGUAAUGAGUUUUUCUUUUUUUACCAUUUCAGGAAGUUCAUUCCUUGAUUAAAAUAUAGUUGAUGCUGCCUUAUAUUUGGUGAAAACCACUAAGUAAUAGGUGAAUAAUUUAAAUUCAUCUGGUCCUUGGACUACCUUCGGGAGGACAAGAGUCCAUUUUAUAUCACAGGAAACAUAUAUGAUAUUCACUCCAUGUCUUUUCAGAUCUAAUAUACAGCUAAUUUCAACAUUCUUCUAAUUAAAUUCUGAUUAUGCCAUUUCCCAACUAUAUGAAUAUGGCCAGUCCCAUCUGAAGUGCUACAGUUUGUUAAUAUUUAUAUAAAAUGUAACCUGCAAAACUAAGAUUUCCAGGUAUAGUAGGACCCAUUUAGAGUAUAAGGGGACCAGCACCUCCCAAUUUUACACACUUUCUCCCAAGUGUAUAAAAAUUACAUUAGUUUCAUUAGCAACCAUGUUUCAUUAGAGCUCAUAUUUAGUUGACAGUGAAAAGAAAUGUCAAGAAUGCUUUCUGACAAAGAAAAACAGGUCCGCUGACAUCCAGGAACUGGUCUGAUACUAUCAGGCCAAAAUUUUAUAGACAGAUCCAGAAUCCAUAUUUUGAUUUCUAAUAUCAUUUCCCAAUAAAAGGAACUAGAACUCCUUGAAGAAAUGACUGAAUCUAAGACUGAGACAAAAAAUAUAACAGAUGAAUGUAAAGCAUCUUAUAGAGCUCUCUGGUGGUCAAAGCUGGAAUAAUUUGAGCAGGAAAAUGAAUAUAAUAUUACUUUAUAAUGCAAAGUAUAAAAAAAGUCCAUAAAUCCAUACUAAUGUCAGGGCGAGGGGAGAAGAAAGACAUCUCCAUGAAAUCUAGUUUAUGUAAGUAUUCCCUCCUCAAGGAGGUAGAAUAAAACUCCCCAUUCCCUUACUUGUGGGUUGGUUAGUGGCUUGCUUCCAAAGAGCACAGUUUAGAAAAAGAGGGAAAAGUAACUUUACAACAGAAAAUCCUAGCAAAUACUACCUUAGCCACGGUUAAACACUAUCAGUAAUAAGCCAUCUUGAUAGUAUGUACCCUUGAUAUGGAGUACUGAAACAGUUCUUUACCUCUGUGAUUUUCGUUCCUGAAGCAUGUAACCCCAGUCUAACAAUGAGAAAAACACUAGGCAAACCAAAAUUGAGGGACGUUCUAUAAUAUAUCUGAUUAGUACUCCAAAUUGGCAAGGUCAUCAAAAAUAGAGUUGAAGGAAUUGUUAAAACCCAGAAGACAUGACAAGUCAAUAUAGUAUGAUAUCCUGGAUGGACUGUAGGGGUGGGGGGAAAGACAUUAGGAAAAAAGUUAGUGAAAUCUGAAUAAAAUUGGAAGUUUAAUUAAUAAUAUAUCAUCAUAGGCUCAUUAGUUUUAACAAAUAUACCAUAUUAAUGUAAGGUGAAUAAAGAAAAGAUGAACAAGAGUGUGCAGACACUCACUGUACUAUCUUUGAAACUUUUCUGCAAAUGUAAAACUAUUCUGAAAUUAAAGGUUUAUUUAAAGCUGGAAAAAGAAAUUCUGCAGGAAGAACAGAGGCACUUUAGUUUUAUUUUUACUCAAUUAUUGCCUAUUACCACGAUGAAGAAAUACUUUGCAUGCAAUAUUAGAUGUUUUGCUACCUUUUGUUUGCUCUAUAGCCUUAAGUUCUUUGGAAAAUAACCAGUUCUGAGUUAACCUAAAUGAACUCAGCAUAAAGCCAAAGCUGUGAAACUGAUUGAGUCUUUACUGUGCAGUAAAACUACAAGAAUUUGUGGAUAUUUUAAAGAUCUCUUGACUUCUAAAUGGAUUUUGAAUAAGGCAGAGGAGAAAUAGAUAAGGUCCCCACCCAACAUCUUUUGGCAACUCCUUUUUAA